AAAUGCAGUUCAGGAGGUUGAAAAACUUCAACAACUUCUUGAGGCAGAGAAGGUCAAGGGGCGUAUUCGAGAUGAAACCAUCUCCCUUCUCAAAGAUGACAAGACCUACCUGCAAAGGAUAACUUGGGAAAAAAGAUGAGCUCAUCCAUCAGCUACUCUCCAAGAAGGAUGAUGAUAAUUCUACAGUCUGGCAAGUCAAGUGUCAAACGCAAGCAUGUGUAGCCGAAUAGGUUCCUCCGCCUCACUGGCAGUGAUUGACAGGCCGAGUGGCGUACAAAUACAGCUAGGAUGAGAUUGUGCGCCCCUUAUGCUUCCGGCGAGUGACUUCCGGUUCGUGUUGGUGCGGGGAAUUGUUUGGCGUGGUGUGUACGGCGCGCCUCUGUGUCCUGUCUCCGCUACUAUCAGCGCAACUGGUGCGGCUGCGGGCUGGGCGAGCGGAGCGCUCCGCGUCAGGGGUUGCCUGGGUGACAGUCGGUACUCUCUGUGAGAAAAGCGGUGGGUUUGGCGAUCGUGUCUCCCGCUGCCUUAGAGGCUGCACCUCCUGUUCGCCACCUCUGUGUCCAGGGUUUUGCCGGUCAUCGGCCGCCACAUCCAGAACAGAACUGCUGUUUUUGGUUAGACUGUUUUAAUUAAGACUGUGUCGCUUCGAGUGGAGGUGAAGCCAUCUGCGGAGGACGCGGCGUUGUACAGCCGUGACGCCGCUCCUGACCACUCCGUAGGAGUAAUUAUUUGGCCGUCCUCGACUCCGUCCAUUGUCGUUGGCCGGGCCUACUGUUUUUUAAUAUAGCUCCAGCAGGCACCGCCAUAUAAUAGAGUAUUGUUUUUCUAGUGUUUAUUUUCCUUGAUUAUAGUAUGUGUUUUGUUUCCGUUAUGAGAUUAUUUUGUAUGUAAUUUGAGAUGUUUUAUAUUUGUUGUGUUGUGAUUAAGUGUUUAUAUAUUUGGGGUUUGGCUGUUUGUUUGUUGGUUUGUUUGUUUGUUUGUGUAUGUACUUUCUCAAUAUUAUUUUCGAGUAAUUUAGUUCUUUUUUCUUUUUGUUUAACAGGUGCUGUGGGUCGACACGUGCGACAGCCCAACUCUCUGGUGGUGGUAUCUUUUCACGAGUCCGUGUUUGGUGUGUCACGGGUGGUGUUGUGUUGGAUUUGCCCUUUUUGAUUUUCUGCCACCGUGGUAAGCCCCAGUCCUGUUCUUAUAUUGAUUAUUGGUUGUGCCUUUGGAAGCAUUGUUUUUAUUGUUAGGUAAAGUUAUAUGUUAAAUAAAAUAUAUUUUGUAACAUAGAACCCGUUCUAUGUCCUGUGUGUCAACGAACCUGCACUCAAAAAAAUGAUAUGUCACUAUUCUUGGCUUUAAAUCGUAGUUUUAUAUUCUUAUUACUCAAAAAAACAAGUUUUUGAUAUCAACUUAAGUUAGUUGUGUUGUUUUAAAGUAAAAAUAUGCUAUGUCAGAUCUACUUGGCUGUGUAAGUUUGCCCAAAUCAACUCUGUUAAGUAAAAAUCAUGUAAAACGGAAAACACUACAGUAAUUUGUCCCUUUGCGCACACCGUACAUCCCCUCUAAUCUCGUUCGCAAUCACGCGAGAUUACGUUACUCCCGCCUUGUGAUUUUUUUCGUCCCACGCGAGGAGAAGCACGGCGCGCUUGGGAUACACCGCCAUCAUCGAAAUACAAGAUAUGAAUGUGGUCUUGUAAGGACUGUGGAACAACUGUAUCAACAAGAGUCCUUCUACUAAAACACUACAGAGUAAGCGUCAAAUGUGACGGUGUACACCAUGUCUACUCCAGCAAAGCUUCGGAUUGUCCUAGGAGAAGAUGGCUGUGUGAAGCUUACUUUGCCUUCUGGAAUACCGGACUCUGUGGACAGUCUUAGAUUUGAGAUUAAAAAACUGUGUGGAAUUGAAGGAGAGUUCAGACUGCAGUACCUGGACAGUGAUUUUGACCAGUUUAUGAACCUGACUUCAACAGCAGAUAUCCAAGACAAAGGAACAGUAAAAGUGAUUAUACCAACACAGGCACCCAGCCAUACUGCUUAUGCAUCCUUUCAUGGCACUGAUGAUUCCUCUGCAGACACUGACAUACUUUCGUCCCCUGAGUCAACAACCUCAACUUCAUCUUCAACUUCGUCACUAAGAUGUCAAGGCUGGCCACUCAGCUUCCCUCUUCCUCCAUUCUCCUAUGAAGUAGAGAUGCAGCUGUCCAAGGCGAACCAGGAAUUCAUUGCUGAAGGCAAGCGGCUGAACCCAAGUCCCAAAGUCAGGUCAGACAUUUUGCAGGCCUUGGCUUCUGAAAUAAUGAAGUACACAACAGGAUACCCUACCUCUACACAAUUAGAUGAUGUUGCAGAAGCUUUAAUCCUGAAAUAUCCAUGCUUAAAGGAACAGGGUUCUGUUACUGGAUACUAUGGUUGGAAAAUCAGUCUAAAGUAUAAAAUGGGCAACUACCGCACUAAGCUUAGGGGUUUGGGAUGCCAAGAAAUGACCAUAAACUCCAUGAAAAACCGAAAGCCUGGUAACUCCUCCAGUCCUAACCAAGUGAAGAAACCCAGGAGGGCUGAAGUCAAUUUCUGCCCCCAGUACCCAGCUGGAGAAGACAAAGAGAGUCUUGAGAAGGAGCGAGUGGAACUGCUAUCUGAGGUCAAGAAAAGGAACAACCAUCAAGUGAUAAAAGAGAAAAUGGAGAAAACCUUUGCUCAUCGGCGUUAUGAGGUCGUUCAAGACAUGCCCUUCAUUGCAGAAUUCAAAACUAGAUGGCCGGCUCUAUUUAUGGAACAUGAGGUGAGUGCAGAGUUCACCCGCAUCACAACCAUCCCGCUCAUCCCAAAGUUUAUGUCGCAGCUCGACCACUACUCUGACAAGUUGGCUCGAGUGCUCCGUAAGAAAGGAGGAGCAGCAGGACGCAAAAUCAAAAACAUCAUGGCUGUCAUUGACAAGAAUGACUCCAUCGAAACAAGGAGAGCUUGUAGCCUCCAAGCAGUAGCUGUGUAUCUCAAUGAAGACCCUGAGAAGCUAGUGAAGGAGUAUGGAAGUGAGAACCCCGAUGAAACCCAGAUAGAUUUGGAUCAAACUGUCAUCGGCAUCUAUGUGAUUAAACAUCCAGGUGCAGAUGUUGAUGAACUGCCAGAAGAUGUUGGCAUCAUAGUCGAAGGUGUGCAGGUGCUUCAUGAACUCAAAGAUGUCGCCACUGCUUGUGCCUUACUGUUGGGGAUCAUCUACAACCUAAACUUGAGCUAUCCAACUGACCUCAGGUACACGUUUGAAUUCAUUCAAAAGAUCCUGAUGGAACUUGAUACACACAGGCUUUCAAACAAAAUCCAGGUACUCAAAAACAAACUGCUGGAAUGAAUGCAUGAAGGAUGGAGGCUGUUCAGUGACCUGGUUCAUAAUUUUGUUAUGUUUAAUUGAGCUGUAAUUUUCACUGCCUGUUUGUUAGUUUAUUUGGUACUUCUGCUGUUUUACCUAAAAGGUGGAGGUUUAUUAAAAAAAAAUACAAUUCUUGUGGCUUUAUAACUUUAUAAUGUAAUGUUACAGUGAAUAGGAAUGCACUUUAACCUUCUUGUCCUGUUCAGGGACCCGGUUCACAUCUAUCCUGUUGACUUGAGCUGUAGUUUUGACCGUCAUUACUGUGACAUUUACCUGUAAGGUGUAAGGUAUAAGUUGAUUGGUGCCACAAGAAAAAAUUUUGCAUUUUCAAAGUGUUAAAACCAGUUUAACUUGAUUUAUUUUUGAUAUUCAAAUUUCUUUUUACAUUUUCUGACUCUGGGAUAUAGACUGUACAUGCUGUACUUUGCAAGGAUGUUGUGAGGGGAAGCUAAUAACAUAACACGUUCAUUAUACAUGUGAAGCAUUUUUACGUGUUCAAGUGUUGUUGUAUAACCGGCUUUCUGAAUGGUUAUCAACACUAAAUAAAAUGCUGUUUUG